UUUCUUCGGUGCGAGUCGUACGGCCACCGAGUGGCUACACUUAAAUCGCCUGGUGAUGUUAAAGUGGCAGCCGAGUCACCAGGACCCUAUGGACCACCUGGCCCAGCUGGACUUGCCAGAUCAGGAGGUGAGGGAGAGGUUGCGCACGGUCAGAUGCACCAGCUGGUGGAUCAGGGCCAGGCGGAACAAGAGGAGUUGCCGGAGGAGGAACAUCAGGACGUGCGAGACCACGAGGAGGAGCUGGGCCGCCAGGCGAAGCAGCUGCACUUGACCGGGGGUCAUCUGAACCAUCCGGUCAGACAGGUUGGCAAAGGUGGAAUUACAGGGCUGUUCAUGUCCACUACGAUUAUCGCUGACUGUGAAAGCGCCAUCACUGGAUGCGGCCAAGUCCGUGGAAAUGCAGUUGCAGAUGUUGAAGGUAUUCAACGCCGUCUUGGCGCCGCAAAAUGA